AUGGAGAAGUGGCGAGCAUGGGCCGAAGCAGCCGAACUGAGGGAGGUGGCUGGAGCAACUAACUACUGGGUGCUCAUUAUUAGCGCUGUCGCUGGCAUCGUGGUGUGGGUGGUAACCACUCCGUUGAGGAACGUCUCGUGGGCGUUCCUAGACAGCGUCGCUGACAACGGAAGGGCAGUCUACUUCUUCACGUACAACUGUGGUGACAGGUACCUCGAAGCCGCGCGGAACGCGAACGCUUUGGCACUACCUCCAUUGGAGUAUGCGUGUGCUCUGAUCUCAUUGGCGUUCCUGAUUCCCAUUGCUGUGCUGCAAGAUUACGAGGCACGAUUUGGGAUAACGGGACGAUUGUGCUUGAGAUGGUGUGAGGCGUUCCACCACUCUUGCUGUUUGUUCGUACCAGACGCAGUGCAAUUGCUCUGGGUGUCUACCGGCAAGUACGCCCGAGCUACAGGGGAAGCUACGGUGGCUGUAAUCGAGAGGACUGGCGAUUUCCUAAUGGGCAUCUACUUAGCUGCCUCGUUGCUGUUAUCUCUGUUGGUGUACCUGCCGCGACUGGUGUAUGAGAGUGUAGAAGGCGUGUUAGGAGGGCCGCUUGGCGUUGUUUUGGCGGUGUUUAUGGUGGAGGUCUAUUUCGAAUUCGCAAGGGAAAGCUGUUACUGGAGUGUCUCGGUGCUGGUAACUGGUUGUUACAGCCAUGGGCUACGUUAUUACUGGACGUGUCGCCCCUGUAGGAAGACCGGGCUCGGAUCUAAUGCGAAACAAGGGUGGAAUGGACUUACUAGACGUAUAGGGCGACGUGAGGAGAGGGAGCGCGCCAGCCUGGAGCGUCUACGUGGUACGCCGAAGAAAGGAACGCCGACGAAGAUUCAAGAUGGGGGCGCUAAGCCUGAUGGAACGCCGACGUGUGGCGUUCCGGAAGUGAUUGCUGGUGAGACCGUGCAACCGGCAGUGGAGGGAACGACUCGGCGAGGGCGCCGAGGAUCGGUCGGGGAGAAUUGUCACGGUCUACAGCUAGAAGGAGGUCUCGCCAUUCUCGCGGACUGCAUCCAGAAAGUCUGCUCAAUACAGGGCCAAAGAGCUACAUCCGACAAGACGGGACAAGAGGAGCAGACGUCGGCGUUCCACGUCUAG